CACAAAGUACCGCAGGCUCGUUCUAACAUUCAAGAUGGCGGACUCUAGAGCUGAGGGAAUAGCCGCUCUAGAAAAACGAAUCUCGGAGCUUGAAAUUCGAGCAUUGAGCAACGAGGAGGACUUGAAAUGUUUUCAAAAUGAGUCGUGUCUGAGCACAGUGGCUCAUGUCCAACAGGAGCUCAAACGUCUCUCUUCAAAGUAUAGUAGAGUAGCAGAAGCAUGGAAGAAAGUGAAAGAGCUUGAGACUUUCCUGUCACCAGAGUUUGUUGAGGGGGCAACUUUGAGUGAUGAUGUGAAAGCAGAUAUUAUAAUAACAGGGGAGAACAAGUUGAUAUCCUGCACUGAGAAACUAUCAGAGAUAGAGGACCUCAAUAAGAUUGUCAACACAGAGCAUUUAAAAGACCUUCCUGUGUGGUGCGCCAAGAUGGAGCCAUUGAUUCAAGUGCAGAUAAAGCAACAAGAGCAUGUCGGGGAGAUGAAUGAGCGGUUGACCAAUCUCUUAUCUUGUUAUAACAACAUUAUAACAACACUAAGCAAGCAGUUCAUUGAGUGGGACGCCUUGCUUACUCAGCUUGAACUUUCCAUGGAAACCAAGCCAUUAGAUUGACCUACAUAGGAUAGUAUUGUUGUUAUUAUUUAUUUUGGGAAUCUCUUAAUAGCAUCACUGGGCCUUUUAGCUUGCACACUGGGUCUAUUAGCAUUUCUUAUAGUUAUGGAAUUUAUGUAAGGAUAAGUGAUUCUGAGAGGACAGCCAGUGUUUUCCUUCUUUUGCUUCAACCCAAUGGAGGAAGACAUAUCUGUUCCACCAGGCAUAUUUAAUGUGCUUGCAAUUCAUGCAGUAAUAAACACUGUAUCUUAGGGUCCAACCAUUGAUAUCUGAUUCACACCAAAUUGGUUACUCAUUUAUUUCUUGAUAUUUUUGCUUACUUAAGUUGUGGGAAAAUCCUCAUUACUGACCUAUCAAAUAUCAAUAGUCUAAAGCACCCUCUUUAGCAUAUUAUAAUUGUAAAUAGUCCAAAAAGAUGAAAUGAAAUGAGUUAUAUGGAAUCUGGCAUAUUUAGAAUCACCUUCAUAAAUAUAAUAAAAUAAAUAUGUGGAUGAA